CUGGCAAAUUUGCUUUCGUUAUACUCACCGCUUCAUACAGUUUUCCUUCCUACUGCCACUAUGCCUCAGAUACUCAACAAUGCCCUCGAAGCUGUUGGAAAUACUCCACUUAUACGCCUUGACAAAGUGGCGAAGCUUCACGGGCUUAAAUGCAAUCUGUUGGGCAAAGUCGAAUUCAUGUCCGCCGGUGGUUCAGUCAAGGACCGUAUAGCAAAGGCCAUGGUAGAAGCCGCUGAACAAGAGGGUAAACUGGUUCCGGGGAAGAGCGUAGUCAUCGAGCCCACUUCUGGAAACACUGGAAUCGGUCUUGCUAUGGCUUGUGCAAUCAAGGGUUAUUCCGUGAUCAUCACACUUCCGAAUAAAAUGUCCCUCGAGAAAGAAGCUGCACUUCGUGCAUUGGGUGCUGAAGUCGUCCGCACGCCCACAGAGGCAGCAUGGGACUCUCCUCAAAGCCACAUAGGAAUUGCGCGGAAGCUGCAGAAGGAGAUCCCAUAUGGAAUCAUCCUGGAUCAGUACGGAAACAUCAAUAAUCCAUUAGCACAUGAAAUGACCACUGGGCCUGAGAUCAUCGAAGCCGUGAAAUCCACACCAUCAACUUCCAGUAGAGUCUCCUCGCAGAAGGUCGACGUCGUCGUUUGUGGAGCCGGAACUGGAGGUACGAUUUCCGGUAUCUCCAGGGCAAUGAAAAAGACACACAACAAGGACUGUAUCGUUGUUGGGGUAGAUCCUGAUGGCAGUAUCCUUGCAGUUCCCAGCUCACUGAACACGAAGACUGAAGGUGACGCCUACGUCGUCGAGGGAAUCGGUUAUGACUUCAUUCCGGACGUGCUAUCUCGCGAUCCCACCGAUAUAGACGAAUGGAUCAAAACCAAUGACACAGAGGCAUUUGAUGCGGUUCAAGCGCUUAUGAGGAACGAGGGACUUCUGGUUGGAGGGAGUAGUGGAAGUGCUCUGUCAGGUACGCUGAAAUGGUUGGAAACAAGAAAGGAUAUCGCAGAAACGUUGGGAUUGAAUGUGGUGGUCAUACUUCCUGAUGGAAUUCGGAAUUAUAUGAGCAAAGAUUGGUUCUUGAGCCGUGCCCUGCAUGGAGAACCCACCCCGCUCGCGCAAGCCAUCGCAAGAGUUCUGCAGGAACCUAUUGCAAACGAUGUUUAAAUUACUUGACGAACAUGUUAUCUUUAUUGGAGAUAAAAUAGCAUGUAUAAUCGUAAUACCAACUAAGAAACGAAGGAAUUUAGGACUACCACAGGGAUGAUCUGCUCUACCCAAACAAGAGAGCUCGUCUACAGAGGUGGACCAUCUAGUAGUUGAUUAGACAACUAGAGUACAUCGAUUUUGGCGCAUCACCAGAACCAAGUAGUUGUGGAUGCGUAAUUGCACUACUCGGGCAGAAAGUGGCCAGGAAAAAGGAAAAAUCCUUUGAAUAAAGAUAGAGGUCACGCAAAAGAGCAUAGGUAACAUUGUCAAUUGAGAGGAAAGGUGGUGGUACUCGGAGGAAGAGCA